GAUAAGUCAGCUGUCAGUUAGGUGACGGAGCGUGUGAGUUGUGCCCUUGUGCGACGUUAUCACAUGAGAUAAAUAUGUCACGGGUUGAGGGCAAAUAAAAAAAGGGUUGCCUUGUGAUGCAGAAAUUGUCAGGUGGACAGGGGGGGGUCUAUUUUAGCGAGCCAUUCACAUGAGACUUUGAAAACAUAAAUCUUUCACUAAUAAUUAUGAAGUGCUUUUUCUUUCCCUGACUCAGUCCUGUCGCUGCCCUCUCUGAUUCUCAUCUUCAAGGAACCAUAAACUGCAGACAUGUCUGAGGGACCGAAAAAGUCAAAAUAUUCAGCAACACGCCGCCUGUUUUUGAAGUCCAAGCUGCUGAAGAAGGCAGCUUCUCUGCUGCUAGUUGAAAUUGAAGAGAGGAAACAUGAGAAGGAAAGAGUUGUGAAUGAGUGCUUCCCUCCACUGGCGAUGGCAGGUCUGUCAGCCCAGGAGCUCAAGGAUCUUUGCAAAGAACUAAAUAAUAAGAUAGAUGUUGUGGACGAAGCUCGUUAUGAUACGGCGCUGAAGGUAGACAAAAAUCAUAAAGAGAUCCAGACACUGACUGAGAAGAUCAAUGGGCUGAAGGGGACAAAGAGGCCCAACUUGAAGAGGGUAAAGAAGCCCACAGACAACUUGCUGGGUGCAAGCGCCGACACCUCCAAACUCAUGAAGGCUGAUUUCAAGGCCAACCUUAAGACAGUGAAGAAGGAGGAAGACAAGAAGGAAGACGUGGUUGACUGGCGUAAGAACAUUGAGGAAAUGUCUGGCAUGGAGGGCAGGAAGAAGAAGUUUAAUACAGGACAAUAAGAAGAAUCAUUGUCUAAAUUCAAGGAAGAAGUUUCCAUUACAGGAUGAAAUAAAACUGUUUUUUUAAAGAGUGAUAUCAACCACAGGGACUCGGAAAAGAUUAAAUAAAUGCCCUAUUAAUAUUAUACAGUAUUACAAAGAGUUGUACCUUGAUUUAAUGUAUGUAAAGAUACCACAGUAUGCCAUCAUAUAACUUGUAAAGUAUACAGAACCCUUUAGAGUUUCUCAUUUAAAGUGCACUAUUUGUAUCAUGCAGAUUUCUGUAAUACCUGUGAUGCUGAUUAAAGGACCGUAAACAUGU